UUGUCUUUAGUGAAAUUCGUAUUUGAAAAAAGAAAUAUUGUUCUGGAUUAUUUUUUUUUGUAUUCAAUAGGCAGUUAUUGGGUUGUGGCAAAAAUAUAAUUUGCCUAGGACUAUAUAUAAGGGUAGAAAAAAAUACAUAAACCUCAAUUUUUCUCAUAUCGGUGGCUGUCCCUCUACUUUUUUUACUGACAAAAAUGCUUAUACACUUGUAAAAAUAAGUAAGUUAAGUAUGUAACUAAUUUUAUUUAAUAGACUAUUAGUUUUAUUAUUAACAUAGAGCAUAUUUUAAUACAUAACCGACGUUUAUAAUUACUGAGAGGCACAAACAUACUUGUCUCGAAAAAUGCUCUCAUAUCGGUGGCCAAAAGUAAUUUAAUCCUAACUUUACAUCGGCGGGUCCGACAGCGUCCCCACCCCAAUAUUAUUUCCCUCGUUAGUGUGCGCUAGCGCGCAGUGAAGACGGACGCGUGUCAAGUCGCUGCAUUUUCCCGCCAAUAACAUCCUGUGUAAUUUCGUGCGGUGCGGUCGCGGCGCCAGCGCCGGAGCGAUGUUGAUGUGGCUGCGGUUAUUAUAAAAACUUACUAUAUAAUACUAAUAAUGAUUUAUUAGUAUUGGGUUAUUGGUAAAACACUAACAACCUCUCAGGACUAUAUUAGUGACACCAUAAACAACAACUUUUGUUUUAUGACUUUUUACAAAACGUUAAUCUAUACAUAUAAUAAAAUUAUAACAACUCCAUGUCUGUACAUUACAGAUAUUUAAGAAAAAAUAAGAUGGGGGAUCUUUAUUCAACCAAUAGAAGCGAAAAACAUGAUUUAAAAAAUUUUUGUCUGUCUGUCUGUCUGUCUGUUUGUUGUUCGCUUUUCACGCAAAAACUACUGGACGGAUUUUGAUGAAACUUUUUUUGUUAUAUAGCUAUUAGUCCUCGCUAACAUAUAGACUAUCCUUUUUUUGGAAAUUCGCCCUUUAAGGGGUAAAAAGGGGAGGAGUAAGUUUGUAUGAAACUCCGUCAGUUUUGAAGCUAAUUCGAUUAAAAUUAAUAUUCGGCUAUUUGGUUACAAAUUAAGAAUGAUGCAAUGAGGAUUUUUGGAAAAUAUGCCUAAUAGGGGCUGAAAAAGGGGGGGUAAGUUUCCAUGAAACUCCGUUAAUUUUGAAGCUAAAUCGAUGAAAAUUAACGCUUUUUACGUGAAUUGCCCUUCGUUUUGUGACAUUUACCUGUUUAAAGAAUCAUAAUAAUAGUGGCGAGCUGUUGGGCAGUGGCGACCCCACGGACCUGACUCCCGGGAGAGGCCCUACUUUUUAACUCCGGUUAGUACUCGUGACUAUCCGGAGUGGCCUCUCCUACCUCACUCUUGCCUUAAUCGGCUGGUUUGAGUGGAGAUUCGCAAGAGUGGAGUUGCCUUCAGCUCCACUUGGGGGAAGGACGUAUCCCAGUAAGAUGCUGGUAGGGGUCUUGACCGUACUUCCGGGAUUGCUCUGAUAGCCGUGGGAUGCCCUCCCUUCCUCAAGCAGCUCAACGGAUGUUGCUUCCCUUGUCGCUACAUGCUAGCGGCCGUUUCAGGGGGCCCACUAUUGAGUUUGCGAGUCACCCCCUGCCUGUUUAUCCGUAUUUUUCAAUAUUGGUCAGGGGCAGGGGCCAUAGUCCCCAUAGUUAACCGGUUAACUAUUCCACAGCCACCCACACCCAUAUCCCUAACAUUUCCUUUUACCAUAUCUCACAAUAGUCCUGCAUCAACCGGGGAUUGUCCUUUGGUGUACUUCCAUAGUGCAUACAGGGAUAAUCGCCGGCUGAUGUCCCAUUACAUUUAGAUUAAAAUUGUUCAACGGGCCUCUGCGAGUUGGCUUCGGCCCCUCGUACGCCUUCCAAAGGUCCGGGACCCUGUGGUCCCGUGAUUAUGUAAAUAACAAUAAUAACAUAAGCUGGGAGUACCUCCACGCGGUGAAGGCGGUAACAGUUCAAUACUGGCUAAAACUCCCAUUUAACAUUAAUAGACGCCGACGGGGACAGCCGGUGGAAGGGUUUCCAGGAGUAUAUCGCGAGCAUGCACUAGGACGAGUGUACACGAUUCAUCCGAGUAAUAAUGAAUGUUAUUACUUGCGUCUUUUACUGCACACAGUCCGGGGAGCUACUUCUUACACAUAUUUAAAAACUGUUAAUGGUGUUGAGCAUUCCACCUUUCACGAAGCUUGCAGCGCAUUGCGUCUGCUAGAUGACGAUCGAAAUUGGGACGACACUCUUGAAGAGGCCGUAGUCAGCGACACUCCCAUCCGAUUGCGACAUUUGUUUGCAAUCAUGAUAGUGUUCUGCGGACUUGCCCAUCCAAUGCAGCUAUGGGAAAAAUACCAACGGCAUCUAUCCGAAGAUUUUCGUUUUGCGGCUAGGCGCGCUGAUGGAGAUAGUGUGGCAGAGUCUGACGAGCGUAUUAUUAAUCGUUGCCUUUGUUCACUUCAAGAUAUUGUGAUUUCAAUAGGUGGCAAUCCUUUGAGUCAUUAUGGUCUUCCAGAGCCGCAGGAAACCACUGAAGUUCGGCGUGUUGGUCGAGAGUAUGCAGCGGAGACAAAUUAUGAUCGUGCCGCGAUGGCCGAAAUCGUGAACAAUAAUAUUGGCACCCUCACAAAUGAACAAAAGUCUGUGUAUGAACGAAUUUUGAGAAGUGUCAGUCAACAGGAUGGUGGAAUAUUUUUUCUUGACGCCCCUGGUGGUACAGGAAAAACGUUUUUAACUAGACUGCUACUUGCUGAAGUGCGAAGACAAGAAAAAAUAGCACUAGCAGUCGCCUCUUCGGGUAUUGCAGCCACUUUACUUCCAGGAGGUAAGACCGCCCAUUCCAUGUUUAAGAUACCUUUGGACCUAGAUAUAAAUGAAACACCAGUUUGUGCCAUAUCCCGAAAUAGCGAAAAGGCAAAGAUUCUUGCAGAGUGCAGCCUAAUCGUUUGGGACGAGUGUACGAUGGCGAACAAAAAGGCCGUGGAAGCCGUUAAUCGCACUCUACAAGAUAUCCGGCGAAAUGAUCACGUUAUGGGAGGGGUUACAGUUUUAUUUUGUGGCGAUUUUCGUCAGACUCUACCCGUGAUUACCAGAGGAACUAGAGCUGAUGAGGUCGGGGCAUGUCUAAAACGCUCCGUGCUUUGGCUUCGGAUAGAAAAAUUGAGCUUGACGCAGAACAUGAGGGCUCACUUAGGUGGAAACCCCAGUGCGCAGGAAUUUUCUGGAGUUUUAUUAAAAAUCGGCGAAGGCUCAUUUCCCGAAUCAAGUAAUUCAGUAACUCUACCCGACAACCUAUGUAAAAUUGUUGCUUCGGUGGAGGAACUCAUUGAUUUGGUUUAUGGUGAUGUUUCCCAAUUAAUAGGUCAAGACAAUUCAUGGCUUUGUGAGCGAGCAAUACUUACGCCCAAAAAUGACCAAGCCGCUGCCAUCAACCAAAUUAUUCUAGAGCGAAUUGAAGGAGACCAAGUUGUAUACCGGUCUAUAAAUACAGUGGUAGAUCAAAUGGAUGUUACAAAUUACCCGGUUGAAUUUUUAAACUCUCUCGCUGCACCUGGACUCCCCGCACAUAAUAUUACUUUAAAAGUAGGCAUUCCCAUAAUGUUGCUUCGUAAUUUAACACCCCUAAGCUGUGCAAUGGAACUCGGCUAA